GUGCCUCUCGAGAAGUUGUCAGACCAAGAAGCCGCGAAGGUGUUCGUGUCGAUGCUCCUCCGCCGUGGCCAAGAUCGAUUGUUGAACGGCCUCUCCAAGGAGCAGGCAGUAGAACUAUUGCAAGAAGAGAAGUUGCUGCGAAACUGCAGAGGACAACUCACCGAGGUGUUGAGUGUGGUCGACGAAGUGAUCUCUGCUCAGAUUCCGCUCUUUGAGAGGCCACCCUGA